UGGCCGGCGCCCGCCCCGCUUUGCAGCGCGCUGGGAGCAGGAAGCGGCAACGGCGGCGCGGGCGCGGCGGGGCCGGGCGCUGCUGCGGAUAAUCCUUUCACCAUGGAAGCUGAAGAAACAAUGGAGUAUAUCCAAGAAUUCCCUGAGCACUAUAAAGUUAUUUUGGAUAGACUGAAUGAGCAACGUGAGCAGGACCAGUUUACAGAUAUCACUCUGAUAGUCGAUGGUCACCAUUUCAAAGCUCAUAAGGCUGUUCUUGCUGCCUGUAGCCAGUUCUUCUACAAAUUCUUCCAAGAUUUCACUCAGGAGCCGUUGGUGGAGAUUGAAGGUGUAAGUAACAUGGCAUUUCGUCACCUGAUUGAGUUCACCUAUACAGCAAAACUAAUGGUCCAAGGUGAGGAAGAAGCAAAUGAUGUUUGGAAAGCAGCUGAGUAUCUACAGAUGUUAGAAGCUAUCAAAGCUCUUGAAAUCAGGAACAAAGAAAAUUCAUCACCUUUAGAAUCAAAUCAAGCACAAGGUAAAAAUAAACCAAAAAAGAGGAAGAUAGCUGAAACUUCUAACGUUAUCACAGAAACACUGCCAUCUGCAGAGCCUGUUGAAAUUGAGGUUGAGAUUGCUGAAGGGACGAUUGAAGUGGAAGAGGACAGCAUUGAAACCCUUGAAGAAGUGGCUUCUGCAGACCAAUCCAUAAAGUAUAUACAGACAACAGGUACAUCAGAUGAAUCUGCUCUGGCUCUUUUGGCAGAUAUCACCAGCAAGUAUCGUCAGGGAGAGAGAAAAUGCCAGAUCCAAGAAGAAGGUGAUAAUGCAACUGAUCCCUCAUGCAAACAGGAACACAUGAAAACACACUCUACUGAGAGUUACAAGUGUGACAUAUGCAAUAAAAGGUACCUACGAGAGAGUGCUUUGAAACAGCAUCUCACCUGUUACCACCUUGAUGAAGGUGGUGCCAGCAAGAAGCAAAGACCUGGCAAAAAAAUACAUAUAUGCCAGUACUGUGAUAAGCAGUUUGACCACUUUGGACAUUUUAAAGAGCACCUCCGGAAGCACACAGGUGAAAAGCCGUUUGAAUGUCCAAACUGCCAUGAACGUUUUGCCAGGAAUAGCACGCUCAAAUGUCACCUGACAGCCUGUCAGUCUGGAGCUGGAGCUAAAAAGGGAAGAAAGAAGCUGUAUGAAUGUCAGGUUUGCAACAGCGUGUUUAACAGCUGGGAUCAAUUCAAAGAUCACUUGGUGAUACACACUGGUGACAAACCGAACCACUGCACCUUAUGUGAUUUGUGGUUUAUGCAAGGCAGUGAGCUGAGAAGACAUCUCAAAGAAAUGCACAAUAUUGCAGAACGAAUAGUUACAGAAGAGUGGAAAGAGCUUCCAGUGGAAACUGUGGAAGCUGAGCCAGUAACAUCAAUGACUAUCAUAGAACAAGUGGAGCAAGUCCAUGUUCUACCAGUAAUUCAGGUACAAGUGGAUCCUGCACAGGUAACUGUGGAACAGAUGCAUCAGGAUGUCAUACAGGACAAUCAAGUGAAAGGCACACAAAUAGAUGAACUUCAAGAACAGGUGCAAAUUAGUUACUUGGAAGUUGAACACAUCCAGACUGAACAGGGUGCUGAAGUUCAUGUGGAGCAGUUACAUGUUGGGCAUGUAAAUCAAAUACAGAUGGAAGAAGUACAGGCAGAACUAAUAGAUGGAACAGACCUUGAACAAGUAGAAUAUGAAAGUGUUGAUCAAGGGGAAGCAGAAGAAAAAGAACCUAAUCAAGUCAAUGAUGCAGAUAAGGAAGAACAAGGACAAGCUGAAGAGUUACAAACAGUUAGUGGACACACAGAGUGAAAAGGUGAAUGACUAGGAGAAAUACUGCCAUUAUGCAGUUUUGGGGAUGAAAUACCAAAUUAUUUUUGUUAACGUUUACAUUGGUUUUUGAACCACCAGUGGUCAUUUUUCCAAUAAGCUGUCCUUCGGAAGCUGGGCGAGUGGACCAAAGUUAGUUUUCUUCGUGUACAACUAAACUUGUCUGAAAUGUGAAAAAUAACUUUUCCAUUCAUGUAAUACCAUGGAAGAGAAACUACCACCAACACAGACAGCUUUCUGAGGAUUUUAAUAGUUAAUUGCUUCUGUCAUUGUUACACCACCCCUGGGGAUAUAUAAGAGUUAACUUCAUCUCUUUUCUUCUUGCAAUUGAAGCAAACUCUUGUUAUAGAUUUACACGGUGUCUGUGGCAGAAGAAUCAGUAAAAUCUAGUGGAUUCUCUUGUAAGUGGCAAUUGAGUACCUGUGAAUUUUGGAUCAGACUGUUUGCUGUACCUGAGCAGCGGUCCCUAACUUGCAGGCUGGGGAAAAAACAUUGUUGCUGGAGGUCUCUGAGCACAAAAGUCCUGUGCCUUUUCAACUCUGACUGGUUAGAUUUCCACAAAGUUCCUAGAGUGUUCAAAAACCUAGUUCAGUAAAAGACAAUGUAGGUAAUGUUAUAGUGCUUUAUAUUUUUGCUUAAAAUUGUCAGCUACUGAUUUUUUUUUAUUAUUAUUUGUUUUUGCAUUAAAUUUAGAGGUGGGAGGUUGAGGGAGGAAACAGAUUCGACGUGGAGGCAGUAGGACAUAUUAAAAGGGACAUUUUAACAUUAAGACAAGCUUGGUAGAAUCUGUGGUAAACAUAAGCAGCAAGAAAGCUACCAUCAGACUCUUCUUUUAUAAAUGAAAUUAAAUUCUGAAAAUGAGUAUGUUGAAACAUAAAUAUAGAGAAGACUUGUCUAUAUCAGGUUCUUGUUUAUUUGAAAUUAUAUUCUGACACUUGACACAAAGAUGUGCUAAACAUAAAAAUAAAAGCCAUAGGUAUGAGUGCUAAAAUGUGGAUUGAAAAGUAGGCAUGUAAAUAAUCAAUAUUAGACAAUAAACCAAUACCAACCAUGAAAAGUUGCAUUAUUUGUGUCAUCCAAUAAAUUAGGAACAACGGAGUGACUGACAAUUACAGUGUCAGCUCCCAGUGGUAAUAAUCACUCUUCUUUUUAAUGAGAUUAAUAGGUCUUUACUGUAAAGUUAGAUUUGUUUAGAAAAUAAUCAUCUAGAUCUACAUUUAAGGAUGCUUAGGACUUCUAAUUCUCAAUUAUUGCCUUGAGAUUAGAGGUGCCUCCAUACUUCUGAAAAGCUAUUUUCAAAGCCUUAACUGAAGGGAGGAAUUUUUGCAAGGACAUUCCCCUAAUGCUUUUGGUAAUCUGGUAGAUCUUAGUUAACAUCAGGCUUUUCUGCUCAGUCUUCUACAAAUGUAGACUUAUUUUAUAGGAUUUGUGCUUUUAUUUAGUCUCAUUCAAAAUUAUUCUUGUGUUUCAUCAUGAGAAACUGUUGCAAAACAAACAUGGAUCUCAAUUAAAAUUUCAAACAAUUUUA